UGUUGAUAGCUGUCGUAUCCAAAGACUGUAUGUUGCCGCCUGUUGCAAACUUUUCUCGUGCGGCAGGGGUCUGCUUGCUCUCAAGUAACUGCAAUUGUUGAAGACAAUCUGUCACCGCGAUCGAAGCCUAAAAUCUUUAGACCGUUGACAGCGGCUACAAUGAGACCGGUGGAGAUCUUCGUGCUCGAGCAUGCCCUCAAAUACCAGAUGGGCAAUGCCGUGAAAGCUCUACGUGGCCGGGGUAACAAGCAGACCAUUGUGUACAACUUGAGCUCGCCAUACAUCUGCCUCAUGUACUUGGUGCACAUCUUCAGUGGCUACCUGACCUCAUCGUACCAAACAAUCUCCACUUGGGAUCCUGCAGUCCUCAAGGUGCUGGUAGAUGUUUUCAUGGACAUGUACUCACGAGAAAAGUUCACCUCCGAGAAGGUCCUUGUCCCUCUCAUCUUGCGUGCCCGGUUGUUGGAGAUCAUUGUGUAUGCUGAAAAGGCAAUGCCACCUGGCUAUGUGCUGGAAAAGCUGGAUGCAUAUUUUCCACAGCCCACAGACUCUACCUGGAAGGAGUUUGGUCAGACCUACUCUCUCAAGGGUAAGUCCAUGUCGUGGCUCCUGGACACUUGCAAGAAAUCUCGCCAGUACGUGAUGAACCUGGUGAUGAAGAAAAAACGCUUGGACAGUGACUCACGUGACCUUGAAGGAUUUGUGGUGACUGUCAAGCGCCUUGUUGACCAGAUUGCUGCUGACCUCUCUACAACCAUCCCACGAACCGGCCUGGAAAAGAUUCUUGCGGGAGAGAAGCUUCAGCUCGACCUGGACACUGAGCAGAUAAUUCAGACAGUGAUAAACAAGAACCAGCCAAUCAUGGAGAAGCAUCUGCUUCAUCUGCUUGAGCUUCAGGAGUCGGUGGAGCACCCUGUCGAGCUGAAAUCCAUCGCAGAUGAUGACCUCUGAGGCGCUCCUCGAGCAGACUGGGCCAUUGGCGUAUCGAUGUGAGGAAAUGUCUGUGUGAAUUUGCGGAAGUGCGAAGGGCAGUUCAUAGUUAUGAACUGCCAUGUGGGUUUUCUUCUGGUGUGGAAUUGUUACGAGUGGAGGUUCACCUCUGAGCCCCCCCCCCCUCCGGUCAGAUGUGCUUUUGCGCCACGGAGGACGGAACAUUUGAGGAGAGGUAUCUCACCACCUGCACUAGCGGGCAUGGGCUGCCCAGUCAUGACAUUUCUGGUGAAGAGAAAAUGUAGGGUUUCUGUACAAAAACACCAACUUUUAGGCAAGCUAAACAUGUGUUCUCUGACCAGGUGCCUGUGCUUUUCGAAAUCUUUGGCGGUACCUGCAGACUUCAAAGCUGAACGUAAUUUAUCUGCUAUAACACAGCUUCAGUAUAUCUGCUGAACGAAUAAGGGAAGAUGAAACUGCAUUAAGCAGCAUGAUUUAAUGCACAAGAUGAGCACUUUUUAUCACCUGUGCAGCUAAACCCCUCUUUUGAGCUAUUAAUGACUUCUUCCUUUUUUUUUCCUUUUUUUUUUUUUUUGUUAGUUGCUGUGUAGCCGGUGUGUUGAUUUCACACAAGGUGGAAAGCAGUGCCAGAGAAAUAGCCAGGUAUUGGGAGUUCUGUCCACAUGUUUCUUUUCCUUAUUCUUUCUUUUCCACUGUUUUCUCUCUUAACAUGAAGGUGGGCCGCCGCAACCCUACAUUAUACGCAACGGGUCCUUCUGAAAAGUGUCAAGCUUGCUUUGCAGCUGCCACAUUGUUCUUGUUCUCGGCACUGGGCGUUACCAGUGCACAAGCUCUAGUACACCAGUUUCCAACCACACGCAGUGGAGAACACCUCGACACCAGGCAAGACUCUUACUUUACAACGAUGCAACAGAGAGAGAAGUUUUGCCUUCUAGAGAAUUCUUGUUUCAUGUUUAGCACUACUACUUUCUCAUCACACAGCUUUUGGCAUUUUUCCUUCUGUACAUUUACCAUUAUCAUAUUGGCACUGACCUGGAUUGCUGCUUCAUACCAUUUUGUUUGCCAGCAAACGCACAUUUAAGUGGGAAAAGGUACAGGUAUGUUUCCGGGGCUCAAUGUUGAAGUGCAGUCAUUUUAAUGUGUCCAGAACUCCAACCUUUGAACUCAUUUAGUUUCUUUUAAGCUUUUCUUGCUCUGGAAACUGCUUUUAAAGAUUGUAAGUGACUCCUUUGAGAAUGGUAAGCUGUUUGACUUGAAAGUGGAGAAUUGGUAAUGUAAAUUGAAUCGAGUGGCACAAAGGCAAGGAAUCAAGACUAUAAGCAUGUUUUUCAUACACAUAUGGAGCUAGUGGUAUUCCAUAGAACAUGUGAAAAAUAAUAUUGGCUGGUAGGGUGGGGUAGCGUUUUCUGCUCUUCUGAAGCUUUUGUUGCAUCUAGGAUGCCCAAAAAGACCGUACAAAUCUGAUUUGUGCCACAUUGAUGGAUGUCAUCAUAUUGCUGUGCGUGUUGCCAGAAUGGAUACCAUAUGGCCAGACUAUUAUAUAACUGGUGUCAGUAGGCCUAACCACACAUCUCACAGAUAACAACAGUCUUCCACGUGUGACAUGCUCAGAGCAUCCUUUUAGGUGUGUGUUGUUGAGAGCCAUAUUUCACUUUCACGUUGUAGUUAACAGCUUUUGCAAUGUCGAGUGGACAUAUCGUUUAAACUUAUCGGUUUUAAGACAAUAGCCUCUUUAUGCUCUUUUAUAGCUACUGGGAAUUCAUCUGAGUGUUUUAUAUGAAACCUUUGGCCAAAUAGGGUGGGUCAAGGUCUUGCAGGUAGUUAAGCAAGGCACCUGCCCUUGUGUUUUAACUGUUUUUGGUGAAAUUUCUCAUGUAGAGCUUAGCAAGUUACCCAUUGCAUUGAAUAGGGCGAAACAAUGUGUACAGGGAGCAUCAUAUUUGUACAGUUAUAAACCUGCCAGUUGAUCUCAAGUGAGUGUUCCCAAAGCCUUGUGGCCUCAUUUUUUUUUCUUUUCUUUUGAUUCAUAUGUGUAGACAAUGUGUAUUGUUAUGACAAUAUAAAUUCUGCUGUUUGGUGUGUGCAACAUUGAAAGUAAAGAACUGUCUGUAAAACCUCUU